AUGACGUUCCUCGAAAAAGUCGCUGACGACGCAGAGCUCCUGUUCCUGGGCCGCGAAUACCCCCUCGGCUUCGCCUACUUUCGCCCGCGCCUGCACAAGGCCUUCGCCGCCAACGCGGGGCUGCGCGACGAGGCGGCGAUUCGCAGGGGCCUCGAGCGGGCCGAGUUUGUGAAGAAGGAGAUUGAAGCGCUGUGA